UCCAAUCCAAUCACUUCACUUUAAUAAUAGCCCUCUUCUCCUGUUUCUUUCUUUUCUCGUCUUUGCAUCUGAUUGUUGUGGAUCGGUAAUGGAGUCGGUCACCGGAGAAACUAACGGACAACCGGCGCGAUUUCCUCCGGCGGGAGCACAAGAAGGAGACGAGCUGGAGGAAACCAGACGGCCUUCAUCGGCAACUCCACCGCUUAACUUCAUAGGUAGACAUAGGCUGGCUGCUGCAAUAUCUAACCUCAAUCAGCAAAUCCAAAUCAUUCAGGAAGAGUUGGAUGAACUUGAAACCCUUGGUCCCUCAUCCUUUGUCUGUAACGAGUUAAUACGAACAAUUGAACAUGCCCCUGAUCCUCUGCUCCCUGUGACUAAAGGUCCAGCAGUGGUAGGAUGGGAUAGGUGGUUUCAAGGAGCUCAUAACUCACGGGGAGGAGGACGCAAGCGCUGGAUUUGAGGUAAUCUUCUACUUCUUCUCCAAUCCCCGUCAAGACAUGGAGAAGAAACAGAUACAUCAUCAGGAGAGA